UGUGAGGGUUAUUGGCCACGAGCUAACCUUUAAUGUAACCUAACCUAAACUCCGAUAGCCAAUCGGUAUACGUUUCCGACGAACUCUCGGGAGUCUGUCGAUCUCGAACAAAAUAUAUAAAACCGAGGGUUACGCCACUGUGUAUUCGCGAUACCGUGCUGCGGUUGAGAGCUGUUGUAUCUCCGGACUCACGCGCUUGAUUGUUGGUUGAUUGUUCGGCGCGACGAUUUAUAUAUAUAUAUAUAUCAGCCGUGUGCGUAUUUGUCUACAAGAGGCGAGGUUCGUGGCUACGACAACACAACGUUUCGCCGUUUCGAGGAUCGCUCUUGGAAAUUAUGCGAUAUCCGCGCGAAUGAGCAAUAAUCCCUAGAUAACUCUAGCUAUUGAUACUUGUGAGCCAUCCCUUGAAUCAAGAAUAAUCAAGAGACUGCAGUCAUGGAAUCUUCGGACAGAAAGAAUGUCUAUCUUACAAAAACCGGUGAUAAUUCCUUAAAUUCUGGAAUGAGAGACACUAUGAUCGUCAGCCAGACUAAUAUGACGCCAGGUAUAUAUUUAUAUAUACCAGGUACAAAUACAGAAUGCGGUGGAGAGAAUGUGAUGAAAGCCAACAAUGUGUCUGCUGUCUCUACCAAUCAGGCAAAGUGGUCCAAUACCAAUCAGAAUAAGAACUUCAUCAUUAAUACGGUGCCUGUGAAGAAUGAGAUUGUGCAUCUGGAAGAUGGUAAUGCUCAUUGCAACAACAAAAAAAUGUACUAUUACGAUAGACAUUACACAGGUCACGAAGAGCCAACGGAGAGACCAACGAAGGAACGUAGAGGAACAAAGCGAUACAGAGACAAGGACGCGCCGAAACGAGCGCUAUCCGCGUUUUUCUAUUUCUGCCAAGAGCUUCGCGGUAAGAUGAGGGAAUUGCAUCCCGAGAUGGGUGUGGGCGACAUUGCGAAAGAACUAGGAAAAUUGUGGAUGAGCACGGAUCUGCAAACGAAAUCCAAAUACAUGGCCAUCGCGGAAGAGGACAGAGCUCGAUACGAGAGAGAAAUAAUUGCGUACAACAAGAGAGUAAAGAACUACGAUCCAGAAGAAGUUGGAACCGUAUAAAUCAUGGCUUUAAUGAAGACGGACGAAGGCGACCCUAUUCUCAUUCGAGCACUUUGGCACUAACUAGUGCACAAGGUGUACGAUAAGUUUAUUACUAACCUAGUAUUACUGAUUAUUACCGUUGUAUAUAUUAUGUACACUGUUGAUAUUGUCCGGAAAGAAAAGAAAUUUGACUCUUGCAAAAAUUCGGUUUACGUACACGAUAAACAAGAAACAGAGAUUUGGAAAGAAGACUCCAAGGACGGCAUUUUAUAAAAGAAUUUCUUUAUCAUAUAACAACACACAGGCGCUAUAUUAAAAAUACAUGACUAACGUGUGCUAAUAUAUAGAUAUUUACCGACCCAAUAUCUAAUACAAGACGUAAUGGAAUAUCAAUUAAUCAAACACUGUUUAAUCAAAUCCUUUCGAUUAUACUAUGUUUUAAAUAAUUGAUGUUCUGUUAUAUAAAAAAGUUCUAGUAAUAGGAAUAAUAGUAAUUAUAUAACUAACAUAUAUAUAUGCACAAACAUAUAUAUAUACAUAUAUAUAUAUGUGUAUAUAUAUAUAUAAAUAAAGUAACUCUCAUGCAUUACAAUGGUGAGGCGAUAAUAAACGAUACUGGUAAACGUUCGAGAGUAAAGUAACAAACCGUACAUAUUGCACCGUACACAUAAACUUAUAUCGCAUAGUAGUUACUGUAGUUUGCUUCGUCGAGAUGUAAGAAAUAACGAGAAUGUGGAAUAGAUGAAUCAGUUGGCAAUAGAAAAGAGAGAUAAAUCUUAUUACACACAAUGGGACUAUGUACAACGUAUAGAAGAUUUUCUGCAAGAAACCAAGGACACCACGUCGCUGCCUCGCAAUAAAUUUGUAUACAGUAUAUACUCCGUUAAACAUCGCCGUUCGAAACAAAAUAAACACGAACACGUGAAUUGUUUAGAUGAGACAAAAGUGUGAUGGUUAACGGGGUAGGGAUCGUGCUGUAUACUUCACUAGGUAACAAUGUCGCACAGUGGGUAAACAAAUUUGAUAUGAAUCUGACAUAUUACUUAAAAAAGACGGAAAAUAACGCUAGCGACUCGUAAUUAACGAAUAAGUCGAUUUUAAGUAAACUACGAUAUUAUUAAAGUAUUUAAUUACAAUCAAACUUUUACAACAGGCUUUUUUGUAACUCAAAGAGAAUUUAAUAUCUCGUAUCUUUUAUAAUUCUCUCACAUAGCUUUCAAAAAAAAGUUUGUGUAUUUUCUCUUUACCCAUUGUACAUAUUUUUUAACAAGUUACAUAUAUACACGUGAAUGCAUUUAAUUACUCUCAAAAAUGAGGCACAAAUUUUUAUUAUCGAGGAAGCUUUAUCAAUUCGAACGUGAGUUAAUAUUAAUGACUAUGUUAAAGACUUAAAAAAAAAAAAAAGCACAAUA